AACAGCGCGCGUGUUGUCUCGUUCCGUCCUACGCGUGUUAACUUCCCGCGAUAGCUACUGAGGCUUUUUACGGUGCCGACGAACCUCGUUUCCUUUAUUUUUUUCGAAUCUGCGUUUUGUGCCGCGACUCGCGCCCACGCGACACCGCGAGGGGAGCCGUGACCGCCGCGGUACGUCGUAAUAACGCGGGACAGUGAGUUCGGUGGUGGUUUUUCCAGUGUUCGUUUUCUGUGUUUUAACGAUCGUUUGUACCAAUGCCGGACGACUAGCAUUAUCGCGCCUUAGGUUUUACCACGAGGAUAUUUUUUACUCUCCAUUGGGAUUUUUUUUGUGAAUUACCCCGACGCGUCCAGGAUUGCUGAAACACACUGGCUGAGCACGCAUCGCCCUGAUCCAGAUUACAUUUCUGGAAUGACGAUCAGAGCGGCGAUGACGAGGAUUGACAGCUACCGCUGAUUCAUAGGAUACCCUGCAGGGCCACUCGCUUCCAAAAUGAGCACGUCGUUGCAAGUUUUGGCGCUAAUCAGCUUAGUUGCGCAGAACGUGGCUUGGCCGCAGGAUCCCGUUCCUAGGCUGCAUGUCAAACAUCGCGACGUGAUUGGCCAGCGGUUCCUGGGAAACGAGAGCCACGUGGAACACUUCAAGCUCCUGGAGCGCGCGACCACUUCCAUCCUGAUUGGCGCCAGAAACGCCAUUUACAACAUAAGUUUGCACGACCUAACGGAGAUCGCCGACCAGAGGUUGCAGUGGUCCAGCACCGCGGCGCAUCGCGAACUUUGUUAUCUGAAAGGACGCAGCGAGGACCAGUGUCAGAAUUAUGUACGAGUGUUCGGCAGACAAGGGCCUGAUCGAUUCCUCGUUUGUGGAACGAACGCGUACAAACCGCUGUGCAGGCAAUUCACCAUCAAGGAUGGCGCGUACGCGAAGGAGAGCGAUAUGGACGGCCUGGGACUAUGCCCGUACGAUCCACGGCACAACAGCACUGCGGUGUUCGUCG